CUGAUGUAAACAAUGGGGCCGACAACUGGGCUGCUUUGAAGUGGAGGUAGACCUCCCCUAUAAAGGCCCUCGACGAUGUUACGGCUGGAGCUAGUGGGGCUGGUGUUGCUGGCUUGCACCCAGAUCCUGACGGAGCAGCGCAGCUUUUACGGGCACCGAAAUAAGGACGCGGCUGCCGGGGGCAAUCACCACGGCGCGAGGACGCGCGAGAUCCAAAUCAAGUACGGACGGCUCAGGGGCACCAUAGUCCAACCCAAGGCCGACAACCUCCAGCUCGUCGACGUUUUCCUCGGAGUGCCGUACGCGGAGCCACCGGUGGGUACGCAUCGCUUCGAGCCGCCGACCACGCAGACGCCAUGGAUGGGGGUGAGGCACUUUGUCAACUUUAGCCCCGUGUGCCCGCAGGUGCUGCCCAACACGGAAGAGGAGGUGGACGCCACGCGGCACGAGUACCUCAAGCGGCUGCUGCCCUUCUUGCAGGAUCAGAGCGAGGACUGCCUCUACCUCAACAUAUACGCACCACACCAGAACAACAGUCAAAAGGGAAACCUGGAAAAGUACCCGGUGCUGGUGUUCAUCCACGGCGAAAGCUACGAGUGGAACAGCGGCAAUCCGUACGACGGCAGCGUACUGGCGGCUUACGGCAACGUAGUUUUCGUCACCGUCAACUUCAGACUGGGAAUCCUUGGUUUUCUCCGGCCGGGCACGAAGGACGACACCGCGAGCAACUUUGGCCUCCUCGACCAGGUAGCCGCUCUCGUAUGGCUCAAGGACAACAUCGGCCGCUUCGGUGGCAAUCCCGGCAGCAUAACUUUACUCGGCCACGGCACCGGAGCUGUCUUCGUCAACUUGCUCAUGCUCAGCCCGAUAGACGGUCUGUUCAAAAGAGCCAUCCUCAUGUCCGGUUCGGCGCUCAAUCCGGACGCCAUCGGCAAGGCUCCCCUGCAAAUCACGAAACAGGUGGCGUACGCGCUGAACUGCCCGCAAGUGAACGACGAUGAGUUGGUCGGGUGCCUGAAGAACCGCUCGGUCCAGGACUUGCUCGGCGUCAAGAUCCACAAGCCCAAGUACGUGCCCGCGUUCGCGCCGCUCGUCGAGUCAGCCGUCAUUCCCGACAAGCCGGCAAACUUGAUGAAGAAUUCCGAGCGCCUGGCCAGGUUCGACCUCAUGUACGGUGUGACGGAAUUGGAGAAAUUCCACGUGCUGCCGGGAGUAGUGCUGCUCGAGGGACUGUCCAACGCCAGGCGAGACGAAUUCAUCCGCGACAGCGUCAAGGCGAGCCACGAGCUGGAGCCCGAUCUGAUCCUGCGAAAAGUUCUCGAGCACUACGGGGACGAGAGCCGGCUGGAGCAGGCAAAGUUGGGCAACGAGUACGAGUGGAAUCGCGAUAUCGCCCUCGAGGUGGCUUCCGACAGCUGCGUCGUGGCCCCGCUCAUGGCCACCGCCGCCCUGCACUCGCGCGCCAACCCCAAGAGCUACAUGUACGUCUUCUCCCACCUCAAGUCCUUCCGGGACCAAACUGGACGAAAUCGCCUGCGGACGAUGCACGGCGAGGAGCUGCCUUACGUGCUGGGCGUGCCUCUGGACGGCGAGGGCUACCACCUCAGCGCAUCGUACGACAGGGGCGAGCUUCUGUUGUCCAAGGCUAUGAUGAACUGGUGGUGCAACUUUGCCUACUCCGGGAAUCCAAAUAGCGCCAGGCCACCGCCCAGACGGCUCUCCUACCUAAGGGACGAGUACAGGCCGAGCUCGCCCUACCACAUCGACUGGCCCGAGUACGACCCCGAGAACCAGACUUACUUUAAUCUCACCACGCCACCACGGAUCGGACGAGGCUACCGAGAAGCGGAGAUGGAAUUCUGGAACGAGGAGAUCCCGCAGCUGCUGAGACGGCCCAAGGCAGCCGAGCAGGCCGUCCGCGAGAAGACGAGGCCGCAGCGGCCGGGCUUCCUCGACCUCCUCGACCGCGAGAGGCCCGCCAAUGUACUCAGUGGGCGCGGCAACACCACCGGCACCGGUGGCAACACGGCCCCCUGGAAUCUGGGCGACGGGGAGCCCGACCGAACCAGCCACCAGAGACCGAGUCUGGACGACGACAGGAGCAGCACGGAGGUGGCUGGAGGAGGGAGGGGCGAGGGGUCACGCAGCGGCUCGGCCGUUUCGCUGUUAAUCGGCUUUGGCGUCCUCUUUCUGCUGAUAAAGGCGACCUUCCUGGUCUGCCUGUACCACAGAUGCCAGCAGGUGCGCAACAAAACCACAGGCUUUGGCGGUCCCUUGGCCCAGGGUGGCGCGAGUCGUACGCUCGGCUGCUCCCAGGACGCGGGUAGCGCGGCUGCGGGCACCCUCGGCGUCCCGAGGCACCUCGGCUACGGCAACGCCAGUAAGCCUGACUUGCGCGAAAUCAUCAAGAACGACAAGGCUUACGACAACAACUCCAACUUUGGCCGCAGGUCGCGGGAGAACUCGACCUCCACCAUAGACACCAGGACCAAGGUCAGGGAGUGGAUCCAGCAGGAGAUCGUGCACAGAUGUUCGCCGCAUUUCCUACGCAAAACGCGAGAGACGCUGCAGCGCGAGCACCAGGAGAAGCUGAUGCGCCAACAGCAGCGUCGCCAGGAGGACGAGGAGCAGCUGCGCCAGCUGGACGAGGCUCUGUACGAGGCGGCUGGUGCUCAGGAGAUACGCGUGAGGCCGGGCGGACCACGUAAGCGACAGCACCAGCAGACCUCGAAGGUUUCGGUGGCCAUAGACGCAACCCCGGCUGCCCGCACCGACUCCAUCCUCAAUCAGGUGCCCAUCGAGCUCGCCAAGGUGUCCAGCGAGUACCUCAACUCCCUCGAGAACGCUAUGAUGGGGGCCUCGGAGUACUGCGAGCCCACUGAGCUCAACGAGGAUGAGGAUGAAGGGGCGGACUGCGACGAGACGGAGAGAAAGAAGAAGCAGAGACUACGGGGCGGCCCCAAGGGUGCGGCUAACGUGGUCGUUAUCGAGCAUCAUCAUUCCAGAAGUGACCCCUUACCGAUGGAUAAAAUUCCGAGCAAGGCCAUUCCGGCAUCUACGAGGGUUAACGGGUCGGAUUCCGGCAGCGCCAGUAGUCUAUAUGCAAAAAUCAAUCCUCGGAUGAAAUCACGUCUACCCGUGAACCACCACGUACAACAGAGCCACGUGCCGAUACAGGAUCAGACGGGGGCGCAGAGCCAGCAGGUAGCCUCGGGCGGCUCAUCGACGCUCCCUCGAUUGCUCACCUUCGGCUCGCCUCCGCCGUCCCAACAGCCGAGCCUCGACGUGAACGUGACCAGCCGAGAGGCCAACCCCGUGCCAGCCACCCCCGCCCCGGGCAACAGCCACGAGGAGGCUCUGAGGACUAUAAGGCGGCGCAACUAUCCCAAGGUCCUACCCGACUUGGAGAAGCGCCGCUCCCUUCCCCCGAACGCCUCCUUCGUCCUGGGCUCGUCGUCCUCUACCUUCUCGGCAACGAGGCAGCAGCAGCCUCCGCCCCAAGGCUACUUGUCUUGUCAUCGACAGUUGUUGGCAACGCCUCCCUCGCCGCCACCACGAUUAUACGGCACCUCCAGGAGUCUCGAUUGCGUCGAGGACAAAGAAGAGGAGGAGGAGGAGGAGGAGGAACGGGAGAAGAGCGCAAACACGUCCAUGAUGUCGGUCACGACUAAUCUCCACGUAGGCCCGCUCCGGAAGAAGAGCGACUCGCCAAAGAACCAAUCGUCACCGAAUCUGGCCGACGCCGGUGACAAGCCCAAGGUAUCCAGUGCCCUCAGUCUGCCGGUAUGCCCCGUUCACGGCGCUCCAAAACCGCUGGUCCUGGGCACGAAGAGCGAGCCCCACAUCGUCAUCCAGCCCGUCACCAAAAACACCGAAAACCCUCUGCCAGCGAGAAAAGAAGACUCUACCAUCAUCGGCAACAACGGGGUAGGGAUAGACCAGCCAGACUGUCCCCGUCCCCGGGUUCCGGAGCGAGGGACGAAGCUGCCGCGCAUCAUCAUCAAGCCCAGCCCACCCACGGGCACGAUUGGACGUGGGACCUACAGCGCCGCGCGGACCUCGACGAGCCCCGCGCUGCACCUGCAGGACAACGAGACGUACCAGCGGCUACUGGCCCGCCGGGAGAAGAUGCCGCUGCCGGUUGAGGUGGGCGUCACCAGGAUCCCGUCCAUCAACCGUCGCAGAGGAGAGGAACGGGCGGAAGUCGUCCAGAGGGUCAACGUGCCAGACGCCGCCGUCACAAAGCUCUGA